UCAGAAAACUUCAGUUGAAAUUUGGUACUGGUGAUCUUGAAAUUAUUUGCUCCUAAUAGUGUUUAGUCAGCAUUAAGCGCAAGGACGGUUAGGAUUAACGUGAUUUAUUGUGUUAAGAACUAAAUAUAAAUACAAAAAAAUAUAUUUCUUCGGCCAGUAGGUUUCAAAUUAUCGUCUGAUGCAAAUGGCUGAUCCUGGCGAGUGUGAAGUGUGUUCUUUAGCGUAUACGACUUUGAGUUCUCAAAAUGAUUGUGCUGUUAAAGGGUCAUCUUUGUUAAAAUAUUCUCAAUUCACAAUUGUGCAUUUGUUGAUGAAAGAAUUGAACUUUUGCGCUCACGAUCCAAUUUUCGUGCCUCCGUGGUAGUAUUGUGAGCUACCUAGAAACGUUCAAUUUUAUUUUUUUGGUUCACGGGAUUGUGUACCUAAUUGUUCUGUGUUUGAGCUCUAUUUCUGGAGCAGGGUUUGAAAAGACUUAGAAAUAAUUUAUUAAGUGAAGCAAAUUUACUUUCAACAUGUCUAUUUUGCCCUUGCAGAGAUCUUAUAAGUACAUAAUGUAUGCCACUAAGCAACCAUCUUUGAGGAUCAAGCAAGCUGAUCUAAAGUGCAAAACUGGAUGUGGGUUUUAUGGGAAUGCAGACUGGAAUGGAUACUGUUCAAAAUGCUACUUCUACAGCCACAAUCAAAUGGAACAGGAGAGGCAGAAAAAGUCUCGUCAUUCAGCUCAUCCUGGCGUGCACCUGGGUGAAUCCUCAAAAAGCCCAGUAUCAGGAUUCACAAAGUUUGAAGAAAAGAAAAAGCAGCAAACAGAUAAGAAGACGAAAUAUUUGAAAAGUUUGCCAGUGUUUAGGAAAACGUCCAGUGCUAAAGAAUCUGGGAAACCCGAUAAGUACGCUAAUGUAAGGCAGACUAAUCCGGAUGCAGAUAAGCUAAUGGCGGAGUUUCUGGGCCAAUAUGGAUUUCUCGGUGACGACAUCCGUAAAGAUUUUAUAAAAUGCAUCCAAGUUUUCACCUCAAAGCUUCUAAAUGAAAUGGAGUCCAAACCGAUCGACGAACUGGCUGAGAUGGCCCAGAAAUACUACAAUUGGUACAAUGGACGAAUUAACUCCCACGCGGUUUAUGCAGAAGUCGAUCCAGAAGUUAAAACAGACCUGGAAGGUUUAUUUGAAAAGCAUAGCAUGGUUACUUUAUACACAUGGUUGUUCUGUCCAUCAUUUACCAACGACGAAGAGAAAGACCUAUCCAUUCAAGAUCGAAUAAGGAAACUAACGUGGGUAAAUGCUCAUCAUUUGGAUUGCUGCAUCAGUGAAACGAGCCUGGAAGUGCGAGAUCUCGUUUAUACUGCCAUCACCGAUUUGCUAGGAAUGGACUCGGUGAACGCUCCACAAGAAAAGCUGCAAUGUGUUGUGAAGUGUUGCCGAAGCGUCGUAGAAGUUUUACAGCACUGCCAAGGAGGGCCAGUGAGUGCAGACGAGUUUCUCCCCGCUUUAAUUUUUGUGGUUCUAAAAGCGAACCCGGCCAGGUUGAAAAGCAAUAUUCUUUAUGUCACCCGAUUUUGUAAGGACUCGAAACUUAUGCAAGGCGAAGCAGGAUAUUACUUUACUAACUUGUGUUGUGCAGUUUCCUUCAUUGAAAAUCUGACCGCUGAAUCGUUGAAUAUGACGGAGAAGGAAUUUGAGGAUUACAUGACUGGCAAAGUGGUUACAGUCAGCGCAUGGGAAUCUGCGUUGGUGGCUUGUGAAGGUAUGCAUCAACUGUGUGAACAUCUUGCGCAAUUAAAAAUCUUGAAAGAUCGCAACUUGAAGAUCCAAGAGGACAAAACCAAUUUAAUGGAAAGCAUGAAGUUGCUCAAAGAAAAAAUUACUACCGAGGUCUCGUCGGUCCUAGAACGAACACCUUUCAUAGUUAAACCAAGAAAACUUCCCAUUCCACUGGCAGAGUCUAAACCCAGCACUGGAUCUCUGAUGGCCAAUGUAGCGCUUGCAAUAGAAAGCUCUGCUCAAAAUUUACAAAAAGAUAAAUUAAACUUGGAUAUUACUAAUUGCAUAACAUUGACGUCACAAGAAGAACUUUCGUCUAUCACCCCCGGAAUGGAUCGUCUUAGUCCAUUCAAUGAUAAUCAAAGCUUGGACGGCAUAACUCCAGAUGACAACAGUUUCCUUGGUCUAUCAAAAGUGAACUAUGACAUAGAUUAUUCGGAUUUCAGUGCAGAUAACAGCAUGGCUGACGCCCUAACUCCCGAAAAAAGAUGUUCUCCAACACCGAGUUUCACUCUUGAUCCCUUCAGCCCCAUUGGAUUAUCUUGUCCUGUAACUCAAGAACCCUUGAUCCCAUCGAGCGUACCAUUGCAAAUUUCUGUUCAAAAAGAAGUGGUUAAACCUAAAGAUGACUUUGUUUUGCCAUUUUUGGAGGACCCGCCGGUAAAUCACCCGCAGGAGACACUUCUUGAUAAAAUUGAGUCAACCCCUACGAUUCAUUUGCCUCCGCCGCUAAAUCCCACCAAGCCAGAAUACACGGGAUUUUCGAAGCAAGGCUCAAAAAUCCCAAGUAUUCCCUGUAAUACUGGCGAUUUUCAUUCGUUGGAAUGUGAACCGUCCACUUCCAAUCGUGAUUAGGUUGUUUAGAUUUUGAUAUAGAAUUAGAUGAUAUUUUUUGUUGAGUAUUAUUUAUGAAUUGUACUGCGUUUAAUGUGUUAAUAAAAUUAGUAGAUGCAAAUUAUAUUAAUUUUUUUGUAAACUAUAUUCUCAGUAUAUUAUAUUGUAAGCACAA